AUGAAGCACAGAUCUCGGACGAUUGACGACGCUGAGCCGGGCGUCAGCGGCAGCAGCAGCAGCAGAAGCAUUCGCACAUUCCCAUGGGGGGCGAAAAGGGCCCUCGCCAUGGUUGUCCGCUGCGAAUCACUCCAAUGCGAAGAAGGGGCUUCGGAGGAGGGCGGCCGUUGGAAAUGUGCGAGAUGGAGACGUCUACUGCGUACCACUCUCCCUUGCUGCGCCUCCAGAGACCCAGAUCGACAGGAACCUUUCCCCAUUACCGGACCAGAACGAAUGUACCCACCGCUUGUCGGAACGUACAAUGAAGGGUAG